GCAGAAGCCGCCUGGCCGGAGGCGGUCGCGGAGCGGGGCGGUGCGCGUGGGUGGGGGCUGGGCCGGGGGAGGGGAGUGCAAGAACUUUGAGACUCAGCCUCGGGGGCCCGCGGUGGCAUUCCUGGCAGCGCCGCGAGCAGGCCCGCCUCUGGCGCCCGGACCGGGAAAGAGUCGCCGAGACGCCGCGGGAAGCAGUAGUGUCGCCGCCCCGGGAGAGACCCCUGGCUGUCCGCUGCGGCCGCGCGGGAACCAGACGGCGGAAGACGUGUCCGCGGGCAUGGGCCUCUUCUCGCUGGAGCCGUUGCUGCCGCAGCUACUCAGCUUCCCGGGCCUGGCCCUCGCCGCGGCCCUGCUGCUCGCGGUCCUGUGCCUGCGCGCCGGGCGCACCAGGAGACCUGGUGAGCCUCCACUGAUAAAAGGCUGGCUUCCUUACCUUGGAGAGGCCCUGAAAUUACAAAAGGAUCCUUUAGGUUUCAUGAAAACUCUUCAAAAACAACAUGGUAACACUUUCACUGUUCUCCUUGGAGGAAAGUAUAUAACAUUUAUCCUGGACCCUUUUCAGUACCAGUUCGUAAUGAAAAGUCACAAAUUAAGCUUUCAAAUAUUCACUAAUAAACUAUUAAGGAAAGUAUUUUCCAUCGAAAAGUUGGCAACCAAUGAUGACCUGAACAAUGACCUUCAUGGCUGCUAUCAUCUUUUACAAGGGAAGUCCUUGGAUAUACUCACAGAAAACAUGAUGCAGAAUUUAAAACAAGUGUUUGAGCUCCAGUUAUUAAAAACCACAAAUUGGGACACGGCAUACCUGUUGACAUUCUGCAGCUCAGUAAUAUUUGAGGUCACGUUCACAACCAUAUAUGGAAAAUCUCUUGCUGACAAUAGGAAAACAUUUAUUACUGAGCUAAGAGAUGAUUUCUUAAAAUUUGAUGACAAAUUCCCAUAUUUAAUAUCAGACAUACCCAUAGAGCUUCUAGGAAAUGUCAAAUCUAUUAGAAAGAAACUUAUAAAACGCUUGACCUCAGAACACUUAGCUAAGACACAGGGAUGGUCAGAAGUUGUUCAAAUGAGGCAAGAUAUCCUGGAGAAAUACUAUACGCUUGAGGACUUUGAAAUAGGAGCACAUCAUUUAGGCUUUCUCUGGGCUUCUGUGACAAACACUAUUCCAGCUACGUUCUGGGCGAUGUAUUACCUCCUACAGCACCCGGAAGCUAUGGCAGUACUCCGUGAUGAAAUUGACCAUUUGCUGCAGUCAACAGGUCAAAAGAAAGGGUCUGGAUUUCCCAUCCAGCUCACCAGAGAACAAUUGGACAGCCUGGUCUACCUAGAAAGCACCGUUCUCGAGGUUUUACGACUAUGCUCGUUUUCAAGCAUCAUUCGUUUUGUUCAAGAGGAUUUGACUCUACAGUCAGAGACGCAGGACUACUGUUUGCGAAAGGGGGACUUGGUAGCCAUCUUUCCUCCAGUCAUACAUUAUGACCCGGAAAUCUUUGAAGCUCCAGAGGAGUUUAGGUUUGAUCGUUUUGUAGAAGAUGGUAAGAAGAAAACCGCCUUUUUCAAAAACGGGAAAAAGCUGAAGUAUUACCUAUUGCCAUUUGGAUUCGGAGCCAGCAAAUGUCCAGGCCGAUUUUUGGCAAUUGUUGAAGUAAAGCAAUUGUUGGUUGUACUUUUAACUUAUUUUGAUUUAGAAAUAAUUGAUGCUAAACCUAUGGAAGCAAACUACAGUCGCCUUUUGUUUGGUAUUCAGCAUCCAGCUUCUGAUGUUUUAUUUAGGUACAAAGUAAGAUCUUAAAAGAAGUGAUAAAGAAAGAAAAGAAAUUUAUCCGAACUAACCUAAAUGUCCUCGGCUCGUCUAUUUGUUUUGAAUUUCUGCAAAUAUAAUUGCUUUGUUUGUCUGUUUGUUUAAAAAGUGCCAAUUUAUAUUUGAUCUGCGAUCAGUCCAGUUCGUACUUGGUCACAAAACCCAUCAUAAACUAAAAGAGGAUGUCGACAUGAAAAUAGACAUCAUAAUCAGCAUAAUGAUAAACUCAAAAUAGCCUUUUUAUGUUUUUCUACAUAUUGUGAUUUUCGCUCAUCAUGGUAAAUGUACCACAAUAAAUUUGGCACUGUGGGAUUUUUUUUAAGUCACUCAGAUUCUUCUCUAAUAUGUAAAAUCACACUUUAUGUACUAGUGGAAAUUUGUGCUGGAAAUGGACACAGUCUAACAAAUUCAAAAUUAUCAGAGAAGAAGGAAAUUAAAUUUUCAUGCGAUAAACUGGAUGAAAAUGUUCCCUUCAAGUGUAAUAUCAAUAAUGUCUAUAUCGCCUGGGUACUUUUGCCUUAAAUGAGUUUUGCGGUAGAUUAAAUGCUCCAACUUCACUUCAAUAUUUAAUCAUGCAUAAAUGUUCUUUAUUACUUUGUAUACUAUGGCUCAAUGCAACAAAAUUUCUCAUUAUGUAAGACCACUCAUGUUAAGUUAGAUACUGAGAAGAUUUCAUGUAUAGGAACACACAAAGCCUAUUAUAUAUUCAGCAUUUGCCUGAGACGUUAGUAUUAGGUUUGUUGUUAAGAGCAAAUGUUAAAAUCAUGACAGGAUUGAUGGUAGCAUUUGGUUUUAGUGUAAACUCAGGGCUAUAUCAGCAUUGCAGUGAACUCUUUCCUAAAUGCUUCCAUUUAUAUAAACUGAGAAACCAGAUCGCAGUAUUUGUUCUUGACACAUCACCUUUUGGACCUGGAGUUUAUCUGUAUUCUUUUGAGUUACACCGUUAUGGAAUGCAGUAUAAUUUUAUAUGCCACAGCGCAGCAUUGUGUCCAUGAUUCAGAGCUUUCCAAUUUCAGCUUACCAGGUGAUUGGCAUCUGACCGCAAUGACGCUACUGUAUUUAAACAGGAAAAGCAGGUAAUAAAAUUCAGUUAAUUUGCAUUGCAUGGAUCGGAACUUCUAUGAUUUCAGCAUCAUGCUUUUGUUUUUAAAAAGGAAAUUGAUUAUUAAAGUAACAUUAUAAAAUACUUACGGUACUUAAUAAUAAGUAGAUGUUCUAGCAUUUAUAGCCUCCUUCUUGAAGUACAUGCUCUAAACAUUUCUUAGUGAGGCUCUGCUAGCUAAGCUCUGUUUUUUGUUGAUCAGAAGCAUCUUUAUUUUUGCCCUUGUUCUUGAAAGGUGAUUUUUCUGUGCGCACAAAUCUAUUUCCUCCCAGCACUCUGAAGAUAGUGCAUGUUCUUACGGCUUCCAUUGUUGCUAUCAAAAGGUUAGCCAUUAGUUUAAUUAUUCAGAGGGCAGUCUGCCUCUUCUCUCUGAUAGCGUUAAUGUGUUCUUUUUGUCUUUGAUGUUCUUAGUCUCUAUCACGCUUGCAUGUCACAGUGCCUCUUGAGUCUGAGAAUGUGUGUCUUUCAUCGGGUAGGAAAUAUUCUUAGCCAUAACCUCUGAGUAGUACCUCUCCCAGACUCUAUUAGAUCCUCUCACUCUAUACUCCAUCAUGUUCUUUGACCUUUCCUCCCCAUAUUUUCUACCUCUAUUUUACAUUCUAGGUAAUUUGUUUAGAUCUCACCGUGAAUUUAGUCUCUAUACUGUGUACCUAAUUUGCUCUUUAUCUCAUCCAUGGAGUUUGGUUUUAGUUUAUGGUACACAAUUAUGAUUUGUCCAAGUAAGUCCCCUCUGGCUUUGUCUACUUAUUCUAUCUUAUCUCUAAUCUUCACCAUUAUACUUCUCCCCAUCAUAGGCAGACAUUCUAAUGUGUUUGAUAUUUAUCUUUUCAUAAGUUUAUAUUUUUAUAAAACAUAUUACCUGUGUGCAUGUUAAUUUACAUACACAAAUUUUCUAUAUAUGACAUCCUUCUUAAUUUUCUUAUUAAGCUCUAUAUUUUUAAAGAUAUAUUCAUAUUACUAUACAUAUAUGUAUAUAUACAUAUAUAUUUAAUCUUUUGCUUCUAACUGCUAUGAUCUCUUCACCCCAUGAUGGAAACUAUAUCCAUCAGCUACUUAAUUUGGGGGAGAGGCCAAAGCAGGAACUAAAAACUCCUCCCCUACCUAUCCUCCCACUGCUGUGUCCACCAUCCUCUGUCCCGGGCUGCUGCAAACUCUGUCCCCAACCCCUGUAGUGUGCAUACACAUGCACACACAAACACACAUACAGAGUCUGUGACUACCUUCAUUCUCCCUGAGAUGUUCUAGAUCUGUUAUGUUCUAUCCUUAGGGCCUUACGACCCUCUCCCUUCUGUGGGUUGAUUGAUUUUGAGCCAGGGUACCAGCUGCCAACUUGUCAGCUUUCAGUUUUUCUGAUCCCACUGAAUUUGCUAAGUUCAAUGAUUUUAUAUUCAGUUUGAGAACUCUCUUUUGUUCAUCCUAUCUGCCUGGUCAUUUUUUUUUUAAACUUUAUGUAUUUAUUUGAGAGAGAGAGAGAGAGAGAGCACAAGCAGCAGGGAGAGGGAGAAGCAGGCUCCCAGCUGAGCAGGGAGCCCGAUGUGGAGACUUGAUCCUAGGACCCUGGGAUCAUGAUCUGAGCUGAAGGCAGACGCUUAACCGACCAAGCCACCCAGGCGCCCACUGCCUGGUCAUUUCUGAUGUCUUGUUCCUUCAUCAUAUGCUCAGUAUCCUCUUCCAUUUCUUCAAGUACAUUAGGAAACCUAUUUUAUAUUAUGUAUCUGAUGUUUCUAAAUCAUUAAUGUUUCGUGGGUCUGAUUCUAUAGUUUGUUUCUGUAACUCUUACUCACUAUGGCUUGUUUAUUGAGCCCAUAUUCCUUGGAAUUUUAUCUCUGGAAAUUUUUUUAAGCCUGAGUUUAAAACUCAUUCCUUCAGGGAGAAGUUGAGUUACUUUUGUCUGACUGCUGAUGUUAUUAUCAAAUUCACAUCACUUUAAGUUUGCAGCUUGAGAGGGGAUGAGGGGUGGGAGAUACAUAGGUAAUGUGGGUUCUAGCCUUAAAUCAGCUACAAAGCAGCCCUAUGAUUAGGAAUAGAUGGGAGACACUUUCUAUUUUGUUUUGUUUUGUUUUGUUUUGUUUUGUUUUGUUUUGUUUUGUUUUCCUUCACCAUCGCUGAGAGAGGCAAGUCUACAGACAGUUUUGCUCUCUGGAGCAAGGUUUCUUUCUAGUUCACCUACUAAAGAUGUUCAGUUUGUGAGUUCUUGGCUUUGUGUGGGAGUCUUUGAUUUCACACACACACACACACACACCUUGGGCCCUAGGCUUUAUCUUCUGCCUUCCACAAAGCAUAGCCCAUUCUUUUUAUCGUAGGAGGACAUCUAGCCCACCAUAUGACCUGAAGUAGAAACUUCCGUGUGCUUACCUUUGUCUCAGUAGUACACUUUUGCGAUGUUACAGUAGAGAGAACACAGGAAAUUAUUCAAUUCUAAUGUCUGCUUAACUUAUAACUAGAAGUGUGUAUAGGAAUUUAGAAUAGAAAGUAAGAAUAAACAAAAUGGUUGGGAAAAUAUUAUAUAAAAGGAGUGGAUAGUAGAACCAAAACAAGAGAGUCCUGUAAAAGGCUUACAUCUAGUCAUUAAAGUGUGUUUAUGAAUAGAAAAAAAUGUCAUGGAGAAAUAAGUUAAAAGACAUGGAUUCCAGCUAUGAUAUGACUAGUUUGUUAUCAUCGACAAGUCAUUUUGCCUCUCAUUGCUUCAGUUCCUUAUUUGCAAAAUAAAAAUAAUAAGGCCUUUUGACAUGAGGGUUCAUGAUGAGGCUUAAACAUAGUAAGAUGUGUGAAUUUAUUUUGAAAACUGUAAUGCAAUAUGCAAACAUAAAGUUGUAAAGGAGAUACUUCAACAAGUUGUGCCUUUUAAAAACUGUUCUUAAUGUAUUUGCUAAAGGGAAUAAUUUUUUGUCAUUACAUAGUUCAUUAUUCAUUAGUUCAAUCAAACAUUUAUUGAGCAUUCCCCCUGUUCUAGAUAUGUUGUUAUGUACUGGAUUACCCUUCUUCAAGAACACACAAUUUAUUAGGGAAAACAACACAUACACAACUAAUUUAUUUUAAGUGUCCUUGUAAGUAAUAAAUUCAUUUCUUUAAAACAGUUUUAAAAUUCUGAUUUACCUCUAGAUCUAGCCUCCCGUCACUCAAUCCAAAGUAGUGUUCUGUAAUGAGAAAUUACUAUGUGCAUAAUUACACACAAUAAAACAUAUUCAUCGGGUAUUGUGAUUAUAGGACAAAAAUAGCCAAACCAAAAAUAGCCAAACCAAACCUUAUUGAGGCUCUAAAAUGUCUUAAAAACUAUACUUUACAUAUCAUAAAAACCCAUCUUUUCAUUUUUACAGCCUCCCCAAAGUUUCAAAUUAAAGGAAAUGAAUAAUAAUAUUGUUUUAUAUCAAUGACUAACAGUAAUGAAGCAUCUAGUAGCAAAAACUAAAUGCUCUGAAGAUAUUAAGAAAAAAGCUAUUUACCACUAAAUAAGGCAUGCUGCUAAGCAACCUACAUGGGAACAUUUAUCCGCCUUCUUUUGGUUUUCCUGGCACACUUAAUUAUAUCUUCUUCAUUUUAUCAUUAAGUGUGGGGUCACAAGUCUAAGGUAAAGGGGUUACAACUCAAAAUCUACAUGAUGACUUCUGUUUAUUUUCUCAUAAAAAAAUAAUUUGGAUAACAUUUCCUGUAAAUGUCUUCUCAUUGAACAGUGGAAUCUUAAAACCAAUUUCAAAGAUCUAAGCACAAAAAUUAUUUAGGUUUUGAUCUUAGCAUAAAAUAAUGUCAAUAAUUAUAAAAGAAUUAUAUGCCCUUAGAAUGUGCACUGUUUUUAACCUAUUAAAUUCACAAUAUUGCAAACUAUUAUUUACUUGAACUGCAUUAUUAGGUAUUCAUAUUCACAUACUCAAUUAAGAAAAAUUUAGCAAGCCAAGAUUACAUUCCCUGUAGCAUUAUUUUAAAUUAUAAUGAGCAAUCACAUAAAACUCUCUACUAUUUCUCUAAAGCAAUUAUUACUUAGUCUUCUUCAUAGUGUUAAUCUAAAUCAGUGAUCAAUGAUGUUUGGACUUUCUAGCUUAAAUCUUUAUUUUAUUUAUAAUACUUUUCUUGAGUAAGAUAAAUUUAAUUUGUGAAAAACUCUAUUGCACCAUUUUAAAUAGGAGAUAAUUUGGCAAUACUUACGUUUAAAAUAUUUUGUAGUCAGAGGAGUGCCAUAUAUUAUAAAAAAAAUGUCAUUCUGAAUUGUUUGUUUAAUAUUACCUUUUGAUUUUAAAAUGGUAUAUAUGUGGAUUUAUGAGGAAGCAAAUCUUAAAAAGACAUUAGGUAAGAAAGGCAAAUGCUUUGUAAAUCUAUUUAAUUAUCUUUUAUUUACAACAAUAAUUCAAUAAAUCAACUUUUAAAGCA